AUGGAGACUUCAGCUACUACAGAGCCCUUCUACAACACAGACACCAAGAAUGACUUCUUUACUGGACUCGUAUGUGUGAGCAUGGACGUGCGGGCAUUUGGAAUCACAGUGCUGACCCCCCUAUACUCCCUGGUGUUCAUCAUUGGUGUGAUAGGCAAUGCCCUAGUGGUUCUGGUGCUGAUACAGCACAGGAGGCUUCAAAGUAUGACCAGCAUCUACCUAUUCAACCUGGCUAUCUCUGAUCUAGUCUUCCUCUUCGCAUUACCCUUCUGGAUAGACUAUAUAAUAAAAGGAGACUGGAUUUUUGGUGAUGCCAUGUGUAAGUUCCUCUCUGCAUUUUAUUACCUGGGCUUGUACAGUGACAUGUUUUUCAUUACCCUGCUUACAAUUGAUAGGUAUCUAGCCAUUGUCCAUGCUGUGUUUGCCCUGCGGGCCCGAACCGUCACUUUUGGCAUCAUUACCAGCGUCAUCACCUGGGUCCUAGCCAUCUUGGCUUCCAUUCCUUGUCUGUGUUUUUUCAAGGCCCAGUUGGAGUUCACUUACAAUACCUGCAGAGCAGAUUUACCCAAGGAAAGCCUAAAAUAUUUUUUGAGGUUUCAGGCUGUAACAAUGAACCUCCUUGGACUAAUUUUACCUCUCUUGGCCAUGAUUAUCUGCUACACAAGGAUCAUCAAUGUUCUGCAUAGAAGACCCAAUAAGAAGAAGGCCAAAGCCAUGCGCCUGAUUUUUGUUAUUACGCUUCUCUUCUUCCUCCUCUGGACCCCCUACUAUCUGGCUGCAUUUGCUUCUGCAUUUGAAGACUUCCUAUUCACCAGUGAGUGCGAGAGAAACCAACAGUUGGACCUGGCCUUGAUGGUAACUGAGGCUAUUGCCUACACCCACUGCUGUGUCAACCCAUUCAUUUAUGUCUUUGUGGGUAAGAGGUUCCGGAAGUACCUCCGGCAGCUGUUUCAGAGGCGUCCGGCUAUUUCCCUGGCAAAAUGGCUGCCCUUCCUCUCUGUGGACCGAAUUCAGAGUGCCAAUUCCGUGUCUCCAUCCACAGGGGAGAAUGAGCUCUCUGCUGGUAUCUAA